AUGCAAUUUUUUUCUUUAGUUGCCUUCGCAGGACUUUUUGUAGCUUCAUCAGCACAGCUUCCAACAGCCCCUGAGCUCAUCCCGAUCCCAUCCUACUCCGGCUGCCCUCCAGAUGGUCCCCUUCUCCCUCGCCCAACCGAUUUAGCGAACUCAAAGCACAUAAGAAGCGCAGCAACAAGCCUCUCCAACAUUCUAGACUCCGCCGUACAAGGGAAAAUCAAAGCUGGUUGGGUUGUUGAGAAUGUUUCCUUUUCUCUAGCACUAGUCUCACCCUAUAGUGCAUCAGGCACUGAGGAUAAUGUGAGACCUUUUUGGGAAUAUCACCACCGUGCGGAGAAGAACACAAUAGGCACAGCCGAAAUUGAUGGAAAUACACAGUAUCUGAUUGGCUCGGUAUCCAAGGUGUUUUCCGAUUUGAUGCUGCUUAAAUCUGGAGUUGAUUUAGAAACUCCAGUUACUCAAUUUCUUCCGCAAUUGCGGUCUAAUAAGUCAAAGAUCCAGUGGGAGAAUAUCACCCUAGGAAUGCUAGCUGACCAUCUGGCUGGUAUACCUCCAAACGCUUUCUACGAAUUUUAUUUCCUCAACUCCUUCCAUGAAGGUCUCGGAUUACCACAUCUCAGCGAUUCUGAAUAUCCCGAGUGCGGAGUCCUGGGCCUGAAUAGUGACUGCAGCAGAGAGCAAAUUAUCAAUAGCUUUCUAACUAAAGAGCCAGUGGCACCGAUAAACUCUCGGCCGAUCUAUUCACAGCUCUCAUUCACCCUCUUCACGCUCUGUCUUGAAGCCCAUACAGGAAAAAACUACUCGCAACUACUAGACGAAGCCGUUUAUAAGCCUCUGAACCUCGUAAACUCCGGCGUAUCCCCAGGAACUACGGAGCGGGCGGCUGUCCCGCCAGGUAUAUCAGGCUGGGGAAGUGACUACGGAUUCAACGCUCCCGGCGGUGGUCUCUACUCCUCCACCAAUGACCUAAGCAUCUUUCUCAGUGCUAUUCUCAACCAUAGCAUUCUUGACACCCCGGGCGACGUGCGUAGAUGGCUCAAACCAUUGUCCACAACCAGCUCCGUCAACACCCUGGUCGGACGACCCUGGGAAAUUUUCCGCGCAACAGACCUCCUGCCUCCCAAAUAUAGUCACACAGUGGAUAUUUACGCCAAAUCUGGUGGUGCAAUGGGUUAUAUGGCCCAGGUUGCUGCUAUCGACCAAUAUGGGGUCGGUCUUAUUGUACUUACUGCCGGGCCCGUCGACGCAAUGAAUAUUCUUUACCGCGCUCUCCUUGGUACAUUUAUUCCAGCCAUUGAAGAGGAAGCACGCUUCCAAAGUCGUCGAUUUGCAGGAACUUGGACAUCGAAGACCUCGCCACCAUUUAACAAAUCUCAGACGCACAAUGACGAGAAAAUUAAACUGACUCUGGAAAUAGACGACGGAACCGGCCUUAGUUUAGCGUCCUUCACUCGUGGCAACGCCUCAAUUGUUGAUGCUAUCAAAAAUAUAUGGGACGCUGAAUACCUUGCCCUUGGGUUUGGUAUUCUGUCUGACACGCUCCGUCUUUAUCCCACCGAUUUAAACAUUCCAGUUCCGGCCUCCGAAGUUGAGUCUCUCCUUGCUCAAUCGAAUACAAAUUCACACCUUCGCCACUCCAUGAGCCACAUUGACAAGGAUAAGGUGAGAGUUGAACGCCAGGAAUGGCGUAUUAACCUCGAUAUCGUCCCGCUUAACGGCGCAGCCAUGUCAGAUCUUCCGGGGCAAACUACUGCCACACAGUAUUGUGGUUCGUGGCAGACAGUGGACUGGAUGACGUAUGGCGGGAUCAGUCUAGAGAAGGUCGUGUUUGUGGUUGAUAAAGUGAACGUGGAUAUGCCUAGCCGCAAAGAUGUUGCAUCGGGUAAGAGGAUAGACCUCACAGCGCAUACAUUCUCAAUUCAUUUAUCAACAAAUUUCAAGGAUCGUGUGAACAUCCCUGAGGACCCGUAG